AUGGCGGCGAUGCCUGCGAAGGCUGGUAUGUUGAUUGCUUUUGCUUGCGCUCCUGGUACAAUAGCCGCCGAUACAGCACCGAACGGACGCAAUGGAAUGUUUACGUAUCAUCUACUGCAAAACAUCACUCGACCAGGAGAGGAUAUUACUUUGAUGCUUAUAGAUGUGACCAAUGGAGUGUUCAAUGAUACAAAAGGAAAGCAAAUACCUUACACAACAUCCGCUUUGAGGCAACGAGGCAUUUGCUUGGCACCACUCGAGAAAAAGCCAACGCAAACAACUGAAGCAUCAGCAAGAAGUUCACAAUCGAUGUUCAUUCCAGCACGACAAUGUGACCAAGCUGCAGCUGGUCCGGCUGCUGUACCAAAAAAUGUAAUGACACAGAAUCAACAACUUUAUCCACCACCGCAAUAUCAACAACAGUAUCAACCACCACCACCACCAUCACCAAAACAUCAGGCUGCAUCAACUUCAGGUAAAUUUCAGUGA